GGACUUUCUGCAACUUUUUUCUUCCUACACCAAAUGCCAGUAGUAUACGGUUAAAUCUAGCAAACCUGUUUGUAUAAAUUUCUUCUUUUUUUGAAAGGAUAAAAUUUCAUAGUAAGAGGUUAUUUUUGCUUUACGAAAACACGAAUCUUUGACUAUUCUCUACCUGUUGAUAAACGUCUUUCUGAGGGAUAUUAUAAAAAACUACGUUGAACAAUUCUACUUUUUGAGCUUUACAUACAUUCUAUUUUAGUUGCAUCCUACUUUUCCAUCAGUACUGCCAUUUUGUCUGUCCCUUAUACUUUUCUGCGUUCGACUAAUUCUUUGAUCUUCUAAACAGCCUUGUCGCUGACACUUCAAUUACGAUGCCAUUCGGUCAAGUAGUCGUGGGUCCACCUGGCUCUGGUAAAUCAACUUAUUGCUAUGGUAUGCACCAAUUUCUUUCUGCUAUUGGCAGACAAUGUAUCAUUGUGAAUUUAGAUCCAGCAAACGACUUUAUGAGGUAUCCGUGUACGAUUGAUAUUCGGAAAGUGAUUGACAUCGAGACCAUUCAAAAUACUUAUGACUUAGGACCUAACGGUGCUCUCAUUUUUGCAAUGGAGACUAUUGAAUACCAUGUAGAUUGGUUAUGUGAAGAAUUGGAAUCUCAUAAAGAUGCUUACGUUAUUCUUGACUGUCCUGGACAAGUCGAACUAUUUACCGACCAUGAUUCCCUUCAAAAAAUCAUUUCCACCUUAUCAAAACGUAUUGAUUUCCGUCCUGUGGUGGUCCAGCUUGUUGACUCGUUUUGCUGUGUUGAUCCCGCUGCAUAUAUAAGUGCUCUUUUAGUUUGCUUGAAAGGCAUGCUUCAAUUAGAUCUACCUCACAUCAAUGUUCUUUCAAAAGCCGACUUGCUUUCAACUUAUGGAACAUUACCUAUGAGCCUAGACUUCUAUAGUAAUGUGCAAGAUCUUUCUUACCUCACACCUCUUCUUGACCGUGAUCCUCGGCUUCUCCGUUAUAGUGAGCUUAAUAAAACCAUGUGUGAAUUGAUUGAGGAGUUCGGACUUGUAUCUUUCGAAGUCCUUGCCGUCGAAAAUAAGGCAAGCAUGCUCCAUUUGCUUCAAAAAAUUGACCAAGCUGGAGGAUAUGCCUUUGGGUCUACUGAAAUAGGCGGCGAUAUAAUCUGGGCAAAUGCUGUCAGACAAGGAGGUGAUCCUUUACAGGAUGUAUCGCCUCAAGAACGCUGGAUUGAUCGAAAAGAAGAGUAUGAUAGAUACGAACGUGAAAUGGAAGAAAAAUACAUGUCAGAAAAUAAAAAAGGAGAAGCAGAAGAAGAAGAAGAAGAGUUAAUGUAAAUUAAGUUUCCCUCACGCAAGGAAAAACAUAUGUUUUAUGGUUUCUUUUUCGUCAAGACUGAUGGCAUUACGACUCAUACUUAAAAGCCACUUUUAAGACCGUCUCGUUUCAUAAUAAAAUUGUUUAGGUUUCCGGGUAGAUUAAUGGUUCUCGUAAAUGUACUACAUGAAAUAAGAGCUCGCAAACUCAGCUAUAUUUACAGCUACAUGAGUAUGAGGUGUUAUUAUUAAACCGAA